CUCUCUUUCCUCCUCCCAUUCCCCUCACCCACCUACAAUGAAGCUCCUCAACUCUUUCUCCGCCGCCCUCAUCCUCCUCGCCCUUCUCCCAUCUCCGACCUCCGCCCAAAUCUGCCCCAAAACCUGCGGUCCCAUGACCCUAAAAUACCCCUUCGGCACCGCCCCGGGCUGCGGCGACCCGCGGUUCCAGCCCUACGUCACCUGCACCAACAACCAGCAGCUCACCUUCGCCACCCACACCGGCUGCUACCCCGUCACCGCCAUAGACUACAACCACCACUCCAUUUUCAUCUCCGAUCCCACGCUCUCCACGUGCUCCUGCACGCAGCCCAGCCGCGGCUUUAGUCUUGACUCGAACGCGCCCUUCGCCUUCCGCGAUGAUACCAUUUUCGCCCUGCUCGGCUGCUCCGCCGACGCCUCCUCCCCCAUCUAUAAGUCCGCCGGCGGCGCCAACUCCUCUUUCCCGAUGUGCGACUCCCAGGGUGCGCCAGUGUGCAGCAUUCUCUACUCGUGCGAGGCGAUGAGCCGCCUGAACCUCCCGGUCUCGACGUGCUGCGUCUACACGCCGGUGGACCUCGGGCCGGCGUUCGAGAUGGACCUGCAGAAGCUGCAGUGCGCGUCGUACUCCGCCAUGUACAGCUUCAACGGCGGCGAAGAGGGCAAUAAUCCGCAGGCGUGGAAGUAUGGGAUAGCGCUCAAGUAUAAGUUCAACUUCAACAAUGAUUUCCCGGAGUUGUGUGCGCGCUGCGAGAGGAGCAAUGGCGUGUGUGGCUACUCUGGGCCCUACAAAUCCUUUUCGUGUAAUUGUCCUUCUGGGUUUAACACCACCACGGAUUGCUUCCUGGGUAAUUGGAGUGGUAGCUUCAGAGUUCUCCCAUGGAGGAAGACAGGGUUUUUGCUGGUUGAGAUCUUGGGAUUGUUCAUUCUAUUUGCCUUGAUGUAGGCUGCUGAAUUGAAAGUGCUGUGACCAACAAGAAGUUUCAACCUGCAGAUUUCAGUGUUCUAACAUUAUUAUCAGCUUGAUGGGAAUCUUUUGUUUAAAUGCUGCAAAUUGUGAAUACAAUGUGGCAUAAUCAUGAAAAAGAAGAGAUGGAUGGGAAUGAAAAUUGUUGGGUUUUGAUUGUUAAUUGUUGAAAUUAUUCAAGUGCAAAGAAUAUUAUGAUGUCAAAUGCAUCAUUGCCAUAUAAUUCCAGAAGCCAUGAAUUUUUUUUUA